AUGGCCGCCGCCAAGUCCUUCUACGACCUCUCCGCCAAGGACAUCGACGGCAACGACGUGUCCUUCGAGAAGUUCAAGGGCAAGGUGGUCCUCGUGACCAACGAGAUGUCCGCGAUGGCCAAGGAGCUCGGUCCCAAGGGACUCGAGAUUGUGUGCUUCCCGUGCAACCAGUUCGGGUGGCAGGAGCCCGGCAGCGAGGCCGAGAUUAAGAAAUUCGUCGAGGACAAGUUCGACUUCAAGGGCGUCGGCGUCAACAUGAUGUCCAAGAUCGACGUCAACGGCGGCAAGACCCACCCGGUGUGGCAGUUCCUCAAGGAGAAGCACCCGGGGGACGUGCGCUGGAACUUCGCCGCCAAGUUCAUCGUCGACGGCGAGGGUAACGUGGUGGAGCGCAACGGCGAUUCCGCCGGCGCGUCCAAGGCGAAGAUCGAGGAGCUCCUCAAGCCCCUCGUCCCCGCGUGAACGAGCCGUCUGUAGUACGGAAGGCGUGUCUCUCUUACCUUCGUGUAAGAGGUGUCGGCUCAUUCAUUCAUCGAACUCUCGCGCCGUCCCCGCGACGCGCCGACGCGGGGGGCGGUUCCAGCCUGGAAUCUGGACCCCCCCCGCGCUCGGCGGGCACCCCGACCCGUCGUUCCCUACGUGACCCCGGCGCUAUAAAGGGCACACACCCACUGCGCCGGCGAGAUACGGGAACAGACGCGGGGCGACCCUCGGGUGACGACGCGCGAAAUCGAUAGAAUUUUGGCAAUCUUUGCAACGACGAUCACGAUCACGUUAAAU